GGCAGAACCGUUUCACUUUGUUCCUCGCGCAUCCGUUAGAACAUCAACAAAGAUAAACGUCAAUUUCUCCGACUAAAUCAAACUAUUUUCCAGACUCAGGAAAAUCUAGCCACUGUUUCUGCCUUAUCUUUCAUCGCACAUUCAAUCCCAGCAUCUCAGCAAUUAAGAGAUCUCCCCAGUUUUCUCUAAUCGCAUCAGUUGCUGCUGUAACAUACAAUAAUUUAUUACCAGCCUAACCAAAUUCAUAAAUUCUAAUUAUCUACUAAUUACUCAAAUAACCAUAUUCUAAUUUCCGCUUCAAUGGAUCCUUCUAUCAUGAAACUCCUCGAAGAAGACGAGGAUGAAACAAUGCAUUCGGGGGCGGAUGUGGAGGCAUUCACUGCUGCCCUAAAUAGGGAUAUUGGAGGCGCAGAUAAUUCACAAUCUCAGCCAUCCGAUUCCGAUAGCGUACCCUUAUCUCAAGGAAGCAGUUAUACCUCAAAUCAGUUUGCAUCAUGGCAAACUUCUAACCAUGACGAAAAUGGCAGUCGUCAUAGUCUUCAAGAUUCAGAGGCCGUUCAGCAAAAGGAUGGAAAUAUAUCUGAUAUGCAGUUAAAGGGACAUGGUACCGAUUCUCAGAAACAGCAGCAAAAAAAUGAUUCCUCACAGGAGAUCAUUUCCCUUCCUUUGCAGCAUAUAUCUUCCCAGGAUACUUAUCAAACCACAGAGGUUGAACAGGACACACUUCAUUCUUCUAAAGCAGUGAAUAUACAAAAUCCUGAAAAGAAUACUCAAAAUCCAGAAUCUCAACAUCUAAACUUACAGGGAGCGAAAAGUCAGCAGUCCAUGCAGUCCUUGACAACAGGAACUAGUGGUCUGCCACUUGUGGCAGCAGAUGCAAGUAAUCAGUCAGAAUCGGCGACCGGGUCGAGCAGCCAAUCAGCAAUCAAUGUAGCUAAACAGGGAAAACAAGUGCCUUUUGCCAUGCUUUUCCCUCACAUACAACCCCAGCUUGAUAAGGACAGGGCAAUGCAACUCCAGACUCUUUACGUUAAACUCAAAGUAAAAAAUGAAAUUUCUAAGGAAGGUUUUGUAAGACACAUGAGAAGUAUAAUUGGUGACCAAAUGCUCAAAAUGGCUGUAUAUAAAUUUCAAUCUCAGGCAUCUAGAAACUCACCGAGUGUUCCCGGUCAAUUUCCUCAGUCUGCGGCUUCUCAGCAGCAACAUUCGCAAAUGCCAACAGAUGAUUCUAGUAAUAUGGCAAUUGAGAGUAAUGCUCAAAAGUUGCGCGAGGUGGAAAAUCAGGCAGAUUUGCGUGGAGCCCAAGGAAACCAGAUGCCUUCUUCUAGUUUGAUUGCUGUAAAACAAGAAAGGGAUCACUCACCAUUCCCAAUACAGGGACUUAAUAGGCAACAACAACAGCAUUUGCACUUCUCACAGGCAUCAUUUCCCACAUUUCCAAGUGCAGGGAACAAUUAUAGUGCAUAUUCUGCAUCUAAUCUCAACUCUUCAACAACACAACCGCUAAAGCAGCAAUCUGAUGAUGCACAAAUGAGACAAUUUUCAGCUCAACAGAACAGAAAUGCAACUCAGUUAGGAGUGCCAACGCAGGCCGUGGGAAUGAUGAGCGCCCCUAAGUUUGAAAAGCAAAACACUUUUGGCGAAGCCAAAAGAUUACCUUGUGGGAGUCUUAAUAUUCCAACUACUUCAAGAACCCAGCAGCCUUCAGUUCAAUGGCAACAGUCUGCCAAUAAAGAGCAGAGAAGUAUUCUUUCAUCACCAAUGACCAAUCUAAAGUCUGAACCAAUUGAUCAUUUCCAUGACCAGCUACAAAGAUCCCAGUUGUCGCCCUUCUCCUCUGUUCAAGUGGAGCAAGGAAAUUCCACUUCAGAAAGUUCAAAGGAUGAAUCUAUUGAACAGAUCUCCAGAAUUGGUUUAUCAACCACUAGCAUGAAACCUUCAAAUUUAGCCUCGUCUUCCAUGUCAUCUCAAAUGGAUACUAGCACAUUGGUAAUUUUCUUGGUUUGCAUCCUAACUUGAUUUAUUGAUUUAUCAAGUGAGGAUAUAUUACAGAUUUUAGAAGUAUAUUUACAUGCUUCUUAUAUAUACAGUCAAACCUCUCUAUAACAGCCUCGUUUGUUCCGAGAUUUUUUGGCGGCUAUAGUGAAGUGUUGUUAUAGAGGACACAUAUUAUAACAUAACAUAAUGAUCAGUUACGAGAAAUAAUUGGCUUUUAUAGUGAAUGAAGGUGUUGGUUUAUGUUUAGUCAACAAUGGCAUGCCAAUUGGAAGAG